UGGGCACGGCCCCCAGUUUCAAGGACGCGGUGGCAUUUGGAGAGCUCCCAAUCUAAACCAGGUCUUAGAAAACUACUCGGAUGCGCCAAUGACACCAAAACAGAUUCUGCAGGUCAUAGAGGCAGAAGGACUAAAGGAAAUGAGAAGCGGGACGUCCCCUCUUGCGUGUCUCAAUGCCAUGUUGCAUUCCAACUCAAGAGGAGGAGAGGGGCUUUUUUACAAACUUCCUGGCCGAAUCAGUCUUUUCACACUCAAAAAACGAAAAGAAGUCUCAGAUCAAGGUCAGAAAGAUGCCCUGCAGUGGUCUCGAAACCCAGCUGGGAUGGAGGGAGAGGAGCCUGAGGACACAGCCGACGUGGAGAGCUGUGGGUCUAAUGAAGCUAGCACUGUGAGUGGGGAAAAUGAUGUGUCUCUUGAUGAAACAUCUUCAAAUGCAUCCUGUUCUACAGAGUCUCAGAGUCGGCCUCUUUCCAGUCCCAGGGACAGCUGUAGAGCUUCCUCGCAGGCAAGCAAGCAAAAGAAAAAGACUGGGGUGAUGCUCCCUCGAGUUGUCCUGACACCUCUGAAGGUAAACGGGGCCCACGUGGAAUCCGCAACAGGGUUCUUGGGCCGCCCCGCUGAUGGUGAGAGUGGUAGCCCGUCAAGCAGCAGCAGUGGCUCUCUGGCCCUGGGCAGCACUGCUAUUCGUGGCCAGGCCGAGGUCACACGGGACCCUGCCCCGCUCCUGAGAGCUUUCCGGAAGCCAGCCACAGGCCAAAUGAAACGCAACAGAGGGGAGGAGAUUGAUUUUGAGACGCCUGGGUCCAUUCUGGUCAACACCAACCUCCGUGCCCUGAUCAACUCUCGGACCUUCCACGCUCUGCCAUGCCCCUUCCAGCAGCAGCUGCUCCUCCUCCUCCCUGAAGUGGAUAGACAGGUGGGAACAGAUGGUCUGUUGCGUCUCAGCAGCAGUGCACUGAAUAACGAGUUUUUCACCCAUGCAGCUCAGAGCUGGCGGGAGCGCCUGGCUGACGGUGAAUUCACUCAUGAGAUGCAAGUCAGGAUACGACAGGAGAUGGAGAAGGAAAAGAAGGUGGAGCAGUGGAAGGAAAAGUUCUUUGAGGACUACUAUGGCCAGAAGUUGGGUCUGACCAGAGAAGAGUCCCUGCAGCAGAACACGGGCCAGGAGGAGGCUGAACUCAAGAGUGACUUACGUGUCUCAGGAGAGCCAGCACGGCUACAACGUGCUCUGGCCACCCGGCAGCGGGACGGCCAUUUCAAGAAACGCUCUCGGCCAGAUCUCCGAACCAGAGCCAGAAGGAAUCUAUACAAAAAACAGGAGCCAGAAGCUGCAGUGAUGGCUACAGAUGGGAAGUCAGUGGCACCAGACACACCUCUCGAAGAGGCUGAGGCCGACUCAACCGGGGUGAGCAUUUCUCACCUGCCAGGCGUGUCCUCUCCAGCACCUGGCCCAGAGGGGCCUGAAGUCCCAGCAGAGCCUGCGGCUUCCCAGAUCCAGACUGAGCCAGGAGAUUUGGUGUGUGCCUCUGCAGCUACAGACAGAAUUCCUAGCCUGCCUCAGGAGACUGUGGACCAGGAGCCCAAGGACCAGAAGAGGAAAUCCUUUGAGCAGGCGGCCUCUGCAUCCUUUCCCGAAAAGAAGCCCCGGCUUGAAGAUCGUCAGUCCUUUCGUAACACAAUUGAAAGUGUUCACACCGAAAAGCCACAGCCCACUAAAGAGGAGCCCAAAGUCCCGCCCAUCCGGAUUCAACUUUCACGCAUCAAACCACCCUGGGUGGUUAAAGGUCAGCCCGCUUACCAGAUAUGCCCCCGGAUCGUCCCUGUCACAGAGUCCUCCAGCCGGGGUCGGACCGGUGCUAGGACCCUCGCAGACAUUAAAGCCCGUGCUCUGCAGGCCCGAGCCCAGCGAGAGGCGGCCUCCACUGCCAUCGGAGGGGGGGGUGGCCCGGGUGGAGGUGGCGGCAGGGCCACUGAUGAGGGAGGUGGCCGAGGCAGCAGCGCUGGUGAUGGUGGUGAGGCCUGUGGCCACCCUGAGCCCGGGGGAGCCCAGAGCACCCCUGGAGAAUGCGCGUCAGAUCUACAGCGAGCACAACUACUGCCGCCUUGUCCUGUGAAUGGGGAGUGGGUCCAAGCUGGUCCUGCCACAGCUGGAGCCAGGAGGGAGGACAGGGGCCCCGGACAGCAGGGUGCCAGUGUAGAAGACGCCUCUCAGCCCCACAUUGCUCCCACUGGGGACCAGCCCUGCCAGGCCCUGCCCCCACUGUCCUCCCAAACCCCAGGAGCUGAGCCAUUGGCUGUGCAGCCAAGGCUGCAUCUAGAUCUUAGGACUGAAUGUGGCUCUGGUGCCACUUGCUGGGAAAAGGAGUGUGAAGAGCGAGAGCCCCUCCUUCCCCUGGAGAUUGGUCCUGUGCAGGCUCUGGUGCAGGAAACUGUAUUGCAGGAAGGCCCUGGCCAGGCUCUAGUUGGUAAUCCCUCUUCGAAGGAUCUUGUAAAUGUGACCCCCAGUCCCACCCCAGGCUCCUCAUUGGCUGAUUGCCUGCAGGACAGACCAUUGGAUGAUGAAUUAGAACUUGGUAGCUCACGCCCCCCACCCUCGAGGGAAAGUGCUACUGGACAAGAAGACCUGAAAGCCAAGCCGCUCAAGGCUGAUGCUGUGGCUCCUAGGAUGGCCGAGCUUUCGAGAGACCAGGCAGUGGCACAGCCUGGCCCUAAUGCCGGAGAAAAGGUCCUGUCUGUCGUUGAGCCCCCGGCUGCAGAAGAGUGGGAGACAGCCGCUCCCGAUGUAACUGCAUUCUUUGGGAGGUUGACAAAUGAGGAGCAUCUUGGUACCCCAGGCCACCUUCCUGCACUCUGGGCAGUGCCGGGUCAAGGCAUGGGCAGCACUGACGGCAUCUGCAAGCAGGUCCCAGGUGAAAAGCUCGAGGUUGAUGGUGACUCUGAGGCCCUGAGUCCUCACAGUGAGUCCACAGACACUGCCUCGGACUGUGAAGGCAGCGUUGCCGAGGAUAACAGUGAGGCCGAGCCCGGGGAAGCCGCCAGGAAGAUGGGACCGUGGGUCAUGGAAAAGGACGAGAGACUCCGCUGGAGCUCCUCCACCUCGCUUUCAAAAAAGAAUGGGGACCUGGGUGUGGUUACAAGGACAGAUGGGAUGAUUGGUACUCAGAGCUGGGUGUCUCGGGUGUGUGCGGGUCCCCAAAAGAUCCCUGACUCCUUGCUGCUGGCCAGUUCUGAAUACCAGCUGAAGCCCGUGUGCCUCGACAGGUCUGGGUCCUCAGUGGAGGCCUCGAGCCCGCUUGUGAUGCAGUUACUGCAGGGGAGUUUACCCCUGGAAAAAGUUCUUCCUUCAGCCCAGGGUGGCAACAAAUCAGAAUCCUUUCAACUCCCGCUUCCAAAAGAGCCCAGCCAUGGUGGCGCACCGAGGUUGGUAUCUCUGUCUGAUUCUGGAGGGGCCAGUCACACAGUUGGCCACAGCAACCCCAGGACCCCGGGAGCUUUGAAGGCACCGCCUCUGCCUCACGAGGCCAGCACUGCUCGUAUGGAGCGCGCAGCCACCCAGGCUUCUGGAGGGCCUCCCAUGGUUUCUGAGACAGUCCCGAGUUGUCCAGAUCCCCUGCAUCCAGUGAGGAGUCAAGCGGCCGCCUCUGGGAAACUGGAAGAGGAGAUGGAUUCCACAAGCCAGUUCUCUUCCAUUGGUUUGGAAGAUCAAAAGAAAGCCCAGGACAUGUCCCCAUGCAGACCCUCUGGUGCUGCUCCCAGCAGAAACCCAGGGACAUUCACUACCUCGAGAGUCCCAAGCUUCUUGUCGCCUGGUGCCAUCUCCUGUGGUCCAGACCAAGCAGGUCGGUCCCUAGGAGACCAAGGGAAGAAGCUCUUUGGCUCUAAGAAUAUGGCUGUGACCCCUCAGGGCCCCAGGUCUGUGGACCCAGCACCACUGCCUGCUGAUGCUCCUCCUGGUGUUCCCGGGAGGCCAUUGGGGCCCAGCAAAAGCUCUGUGUCUCGGGCGCCGCUUGCCUCCGCCAGUGGCACAAAGCCCGAAAAGUUUGCAGCAGGGGGCGCCCUGAAGAUGAAUGCAGAGAACCGCCGGGCCCUCGGACGCAGCCCCCUGGAGCUGAUGGAGCAUCUUCAAGGCAUGCCCUUUGUCAUGGACCUGCCCUUCUGGAAGCUACCCCGAGAGCCUGGGAAGGGGCUGGCGCAGCCUCUGGAGCCUUCUUCCCUCCCCUCCCAGCUUAAUAUCAAGCAGGCAUUUUAUGGGAAGCUCUCUAAACUCCAGCUAAGUUCCACCAGCUUUAAUUACACUUCCAGCUCUCCCACGUUUGCCAAAGGCCUGGCUGGAAGUGUGGUGCAGCUGAGCCACAAAGCAAACUUUGGCACGAGCCACAGCGCGUCUCUGUCCCUGCAGAUGUUCACCGACAGCAGCGCAGUGGAGAGCCUCUCGCUCCAAUGUGCAUGCAGCCUGAAAGCCAUGACCAUGUGCCAAGGCUGCGGUGCGUUCUGUCACGAUGACUGUAUCGGCCCCUCAAAGCUCUGUGUGCUGUGCCUUGUGGUGAGAUAAGAAAGUAUGGCCAUGGGAAAAGCUGUAUGCUGUGUGUAUUUUGAUAACGAUCUUAAGUCUGGAAACAGAGUCUCACUGAAAUGAUGGUCUCUGUCUGCGGGCAAGCGCACCCUAGCCUCUCCUGACGUUCACAGUGCCACAGCCCCUCUCAUGUAGCCACCCUGUGGGGGCCCACUGGGCUGCCCAAGGCCAGCUAAUCCAAGCACUCAAGCCGAUGUCUGAGCCUGGGGUGGCGUCGGGAUCCCACCUGUCACCCAGAGGAACUUGAAACAAGGUUGUGUCCUCCCCCCAAGGGGCCUCACUGACCUGAGAAGAAAUGCCUGUCUUCCACUGUCCACACCUAUCAUCUUUUGCUACUGUGUUUGGGAAAGUGGCCAGCACAGGGUUAAGGUAACUUGGGAGCAGCUGCUGAUCUGAUCACAGGGUCACAGUUCAGUCACUGGCUGGUUUGAGCGGACAUGGUGCCUUGGUGCCCUCCCCUGGCUGGAGCCACCUGGACAAUGGGGCUGGAGAGCUGCUUGUCUGUCGACCUUGAAGCCACGUGUCCAGAAGUUGGUUAGGAAUUCCUCCACGUGCCCCCUCCUGUCUCUGCCGCCUUUGGACUCAGUGGGAGUGGGCGUCUCCACACCUGUGUCCGGGAAAGUCCUUUUACAUUUCAAAGCAGUGUGUGUCCUAUUUUUAUAUUUUUAACUCUUCCUUCCUGGAUGUAUACAGUGGACUUGUGGGCUUCUGUAAGUAUGCUCUAUGCACCUCUGAUGUUUUAUCAUGUAUUUAUACAUUGUACACAGUACUGGCCGGUCCUAUAAAUGGAUGUAUUGUACAGAGAACCAGAAUGGCUCCUCCUCACUUGACAUCUCACUGUCAGUGCAUUAAGGGGUGCCAAUGUACGUAACUAGCCCUGUUGUCAGGUCCACGGCAUGCCCUGCUGGCCCAAAGGAGGGUGAAGCCCAGGGACUUGUGACCAUUAGGUGGCCCAUUGUCAUUGCAGAGCCAUGGUCAGCCACCCUCACUCGCCUGCUCUUCACCUUGCCUCUUUCCUCCCCCAAUCGUUAAGGACAAGCCACCGCCACCAGUGUUACAUGCCUCUGGACUCAUGGGUGAGGUCCCUGGGCAGCCCUGGCAGGGUCCCAGGUCUGCUCUAGGGUGGCCACCUGUUAGCAAUAGCAGAGUCCCUGCUCUCCAGUGACCACUAGAUGAAAGGUUUGAGAAGGGACAUGGCAAUGCCUGCCUGCUGCUGCUUCCCUUCUCUCAACGCCCUCCACACCUCGUUUCCAGCAAGUGGA